GAGAGGCAGGGGCUCCGGACCCCCUCCCAGAGACCCCGAUGCCAGCUCUACCCCAGCAGCAGCAGCGCGGCGGCCAAGGCCCCCCACUUGUCUCGUCGGGCGUGGCCAAGGGGGAACGCAGUGGGGCACGGGGGGCCCCCACCUCGCGUUUCGCCCCGGGGCCCGUGGAGGCCAAGCCGGCCACGGUGGCCGCGGCGGCCGCGGCGUCAAUCACGGCGACGGCCAAGAUCGCCGACUCGCGCCCCGUCUUCGUGAACCUGCGCCGCAAGUGGCUCGUGACGGCGGCCGUCGGGGUGGUGACGGUGCUCGUCCUGCUCAUCGCCAUCCCCGUCCUCGUCUACUCGAAGCACUCGGCCGCCGCGCACGAGAUGCUGGGCACGUGCCGCACAGUGUGCGACCCCCACGCCGCCGCCGCCGCCGCCGCCGCCGCUCGGCCCAGGGACGCGGCGGAGCGGGGCCACGCGCUCACGACCCCCACGCUGCAGAUGUCGGGGCCGCGCGGCGAGCAGGGCCGCGCGGGCAAAACGGGGCCGCGCGGGCCCCAGGGCGAGCCGGGGCCUCCGGGCCCUCGGGGUCCGCAGGGCGAGCGAGGGGUGGCGGGCCCUCCCGGCGCGCUGCUGCCCGGCUCGGGUGCCGUCAGCGUGCCCACCUACUACUCGGCGCCCAAGAUCGCGUUCUACGCGGGGCUCCGCAACCCGCACGAGGGCUACGAGGUGCUGCGCUUCGACGACGUCGUCACCAACCUGGGCAACCACUACGACCCGGGCAGCGGCAAGUUCACGUGCUCCAUCUCGGGCACGUACUUCUUCACCUACCACGUGCUCAUGCGAGGAGGGGACGGCACCAGCAUGUGGGCCGACCUGUGCAAGAACGGGCAGGUGAGGGCGAGCUCCAUCGCGCAAGACGCCGACCAGAACUACGACUACGCGAGCAACUCGGUGAUCCUGCACCUGGACGCGGGCGACGAGGUCUACGUGAAGCUGGACGGAGGCAAGGCGCACGGCGGCAACACCAACAAAUACUCCACCUUCGCUGGCUUCAUCGUCUACGCGGACUGAACGCGAGGCGGCCACUCCGGCGAAUGUGGGCUCGUGUGUAUGUGUGCGGUGAUGAUGAUGUGUGUGGUAGUGAUGAUGAUGUGUGUGUUCGUGAUGAUGAUG